AUGGCGCGCCAGAACCCAAACAUUGUCAUCACGGGUACACCCGGAGUAGGAAAGACAACACACGCUGAGCAAUUAGCGCAAGCAACAGGAUUCAAGCACGUCUCCGUGAAUCAGAUUGUCAAAGACGAGGGCUUCCAUGAGGGCAAAGAUGAGGAGACAGGGAGUUGGAUUGUAGACGAAGACAAACUACUCGACCACCUGGAAUCCCUCCCCCUAGCCAGCACAGGCGGCUAUAUCCUCGACUGGCACGCGUGCGACCUGUUCCCCGAACGCUGGAUCGACCUCGUCAUCGUGCUGCGCUGCGACAGCACACUUUUAUACGAUCGUCUCACCGCACGGGGCUACAAGGGGAAGAAGUUGGAGGAGAAUAUGGAUAGUGAAAUCAUGCAGGUCCUGCUUGAUGAGGCGAGGGAGAGCUAUAAAGAAGAGAUCGUGGUGGAGCUGAGGAGUGAGAGUAACGAGGACGUCGAGGGCAACUUGGAGCGGGUGGAGCAAUGGAUUGAGCAGUGGAGGAAAGACAGGCAGAAUGCGGAAGGGGAAGAGUAG